CAGGCCCCCGCUGGUUGUCAUGGCGACCAGCCACCCCGGGCCCAAGGCAGCAAAGCUCCCCUUGAUUGGCUGCGGGGCGGAGUCCAAUCGGCGAGUGGUGUGUUACGAGGCGCCAAGAUGGCGGUCAGACUAUGUUUUUGUCUCAAGAUGGGUAAGCACAUUAAUGUAGUGUCUUUGCAAUGACUUGGAGUGACCUGGUCUUAUUUUGACUGGAAGAUGUGGAGUGGACUGUUACCUCCAGGACUGAAUGAAAGUGAGGUUGAUUUAAGUUCUGAUGAUGGAAAUGCAUUGGAUAGUACAAUAUUCUUCUCAAAGGAAGACACAAAAGAAGAUAUUAAAGCAGUUCAGGUUUCUGAAUUGCAGAAGAGUGAACCUGAAUGUAUCACCAUCAAUAAACCUACUUUAAUAUCAGUGGCAGCAGGAGAAAAUGAAUGUCAAACAUGCCCUUCUGGAGUUUCUUUAAAUAUGUGGAAUAAAUUUUUGGAGCUUCAGAAGAAAAAACAUGAAAUGAAAGCCCAAGCAAAUCAGGGAAAAGGAGGUCAAAAAAGAAAGCGCAGCAGAAAAGGAAAACUGAAAAAGAAUAAUAAAGAAGUGACUGAGAGUCAGCAGUUGGCAAAUGAAGACCAAUGGAAAGAGCUUACACAAUACUUUGGAAUCAAUGACAGAUUUGAAUCACUUGUGAAUAGCAAGGCUCCACAAAAGUCUGGCCUUGAACUUAGCAUAGAGAAGUCUGUGGCUGAAGGCGACAUUGAUAAAGCUGAGGAGCUGAGUGAUAGAUUAGCCAUUCGUGAGCUUGGAGUGAAAAUUGCCAAAGCUGCUGCUUGCCGCAACUUUGUAAAAGCAAAACAAGAAGCAGAGGCUGCCCAGGAAGCUCGAAAGAAGAAGAAACUUGCUUGGGGAUUUGAAGCUAAGAAAAGGUGGGAAACAAAAAGCAACAUGGGAUACAUGUGACUCAUGUUUUCCUCGGGAGAUAUAUGCCUGUUUAUCUGAAGAAUCUUUGUAGCUUACUUUUUUUUUUAAUCUAAACCAAAAAAAGCUGCUAUUAAAAAAAAAAAAUCAUUAAAUUCUUUGUGUUUCUUCUAAUGCUGUUAGAGUACCGUAUCUUGUUUCAAGUUGCUAUUGCAAAGUAGCAGAAAUUUUAUAUACAUGUAUAUAACAGUAUCUUGACGUUUAGGUAGUAUUGUUCUCCAAAAUGUGAAAAUCUACGAUAAAGCAUUGUAGAUAAUACUAAUUUGGAGUCUGAGAGACAAUUCUGUAAAGCUGUAAUAAAAUAUUUGAUCCAGA